AUGUUUGGCUUCCGCACGAGGUCGGGCUACCAGAGUAUCGACGAGGAGGCGCUGCUGCAUCCGUCCACGCUUCUCUCCGAGCAAACAUCCGAGAGAAGAGCCGCGCAAGCAAAGUGGCCCAGGAUCUGGCCUGGUGUAGGUGGCCUGAGUGCUGAAUUGCUAAUGGGAAAUUUUAGGGAUGAAGGCAGACACUCGGAUGUGUACGGCGGCCCGCCGCUCGAGCAUGGCAUCCCGGCGAACGAGCCCGGUGAGGCGGAUGACUGCCACGCUGCAAAUGUCACUGUAAAGUGGGAUGGCAUCGAGGACUUGGAUCAGUUCUUCACGCGUGUCUACGAGUAUCAUCAGUACGGCGGAUAUGUUUGCAUUGUUGUCAAGCACGUUCUCACGCUGCUUCAGUUCAUCUUCGUUAUCUGGUUUGUUACUUUCCUGCGAACACGUGUCGAUUACGGUGUUCUGUUCAGAAGCAAAAAUGUCACGGAAGGUGGGAGGCCUGUCAGCGGCAAAAUUCGUCUCAGCGAUGUGAUAUAUCCAGAUUGGACUAGUCAUAUGGAUUAUUUUACAGUAUUUUUACUUACAUUUGCUAUUUUAUUUUGGGUUUUUCGAGCUGUACGGGUCGCUUGCCAAAUUUCACAUUUUAAAGAAAUACGGAGAUUUUAUCGCUUGGCAUUAAGGAUUGAGGAUUCGUCGUUGGGCAACCUGAAAUGGCGUGAAGUUGUGCAGCUUAUAUGUGAGAAGCAACCUUCCAUACACUUAAUUUUGACCAAGGAUGGUAUUACGGCAUUGGAUCUUUACCAGCGCAUUUUGCGAUACAAGGCAAGUAUUUUAUCAGUCUCGUUCUUUGCAUUACUUCAAAUUCAAUUGCGCUUGUACAGCAUUACAGCAUUUGCGCGACUUGAAAUCACUUCUUAUAAAAGACUAUUUCAGAACUAUUUCGUAGCUCUUGUGAACAAGGAAAUACUGCCACCGGUAAUAGACGUGCCUUUCAUUGGCUCGAUGCCGUAUUUACCGAAUGGCCUAAAGAUGAAUGUAGAGUGGCUGUUAUUUUAUGGCAAAUGGUCACCGUGGAAUGGGAUGUACGAGAUCAAGGAGGAGUACAAGCACCAUCAAAAUGUAUACGGGCUUGCAAAACGACUGGAAAGGAUUAUAACUUACAUGGCUGUGGGAAAUUUCGUAUUCUUCCCAGUUGUAUUCUUUUAUCAAGUACUCUAUUUUUUCUUUACUUAUGGCGAAUUGCUAAAACGUGAUCCGAGUUCAUUUGCAAUUCGUCGAUAUUCGAAUUACGGAAGGAAUAAAUUACGGCAUUUCAACGAAUUAGACCACGAACUACGAAUGCGUUUGUCGAGAAGUCAUCGAGCUGCGACACAGUACAUGGAGCAGUUUGUAUCGCCGCUUGGUCAAGUAAUUGCAAGAAAGGUGCAGUUUGUCGCUGGUGCUAUUUGUAUAGUGCUGCUUGUGCUUGGUCUAUGGGACGAGGACGUUUUGACGGUUGAACAUGUUUUGACGAUAAUAUCUGUGAGUGGUCUAAUUGCUGUUGUUUGCCGAACAUUCAUUGCUGAUGAGAACAUGAUUUAUUGGCCCGAAACUUUACUUAAUAUGGUAGUAGCACAAAUACAUUACGCGCCUGAUUCGUGGAGAGGCAAGGCUCAUACAGAUGCUGUUCGCAGAGAAUUUGGCCAGUUGUUUCAGCUGAAGGCACAGUUUUUGCUCGAGGAGCUGCUAAGUCCUAUUUUAACUCCGUUCAUCCUGUUUUUUUGGAUUCGUCCUAAAGCAAAAGAAAUUGUUGAUUUUUUCCAUCAUUUUACGGUUUCCGUAGAAGGUCUUGGUGAUGUUUGCUCAUUUGCUCAAAUGGAUAUCCGUCGGCACGGCGAUGCAGCUUGGAGUUUUAAUGAACAUACAGAAGAAGAAGUUGCAGCUUCUCGGGAAAGAAUUAGUGCAAAUGAUGGGAAGACAGAACUGUCUUUGAUCUAUUUUGCCAGUAAUCAUCCGGAAUGGAAACCACCAUUACGCGCUGCACGAUUCCUUGAUGAUAUGCGCGAACGGAUGAGGCACGAUAUGGCAGCUCUAAAGGAGGGAGAUCUGGAUGAAAAUGCACUUUUAAACAGCUUACAUUCCAUCCAGGCCAUUCCAUUUGAACAGCUGCAACAACACAGAAACACCGAUGGCACACAGUCGCUUAUUGCUUCAUUGUAUGACCACGAUUUACAUACCGCACCACAGAUGUCGCUUUAUAGAAGAGGUAGAGAUUUUGCUGAUAUGGAUACAGAAACACAAAGCAUGGUUUUAAGCGUAGCUUACCUACGCAGUUUGCACGCGCAGUGUGAUAGCCAGCAUCAGGAAGUUUCACAAGUGGUUCUGGAAAUUCCACGUGCUUCAUUGCUUGCCCAGGCUCCCGAUACUGAAGCAUUCGGGUCAGGUGCUGCAACAGCUGCGGAUACAGUUGGUGAUGUAUGGAGUGUUCCAGCACAAAGUGCAAUUUUGCCACAUCCAAAUGUAUUGCCUUCGGAAAGUGGAAGUGAGCAACACGAAGAAAAUAAUGAUGAGUCGCCACCACCCAUGCUAAUUGGCUUGUCUGAUAAAUUUCCGGGUAUUUAA